AGUUUUUGGACUUUGUGUUCCACAUUGCUGCCCACGGUUCUCUAUAUAGAGGUCAGGCACAGCAGGAUGGAAUCAGACUCAUUGCAGAAGGCUCACACACAGGUUCACAGAUAUAGCCAUGAAGUUGUUUGUGGUGCUUGCUCUUGUGUCUUUCACUGGCUGUCAAGCCAAUGUUCUGAGGUCAGACGAACCCACGCCACAACUGGAGCUGGUGAAAGAUGCAUUCUGGGACUACUUUGUCAAGGCAUCACAAAAGGCCCAAGGUGCUCUUAAAACCAUCGGAGAGUCUGAGUUGGCACAGCAAGUGAAUGCAAAGAUCAAAGAGAGUGUGGAAGUGGCCCAACAAUACAGAAAAAUUGUGCAGGAACAGGUGAUCGGCAUUAAUGACGAGUUACAUAAAAAGCUUUCUGAACAUGUGGAACAGCUGUCAGAGAGCCUGCAGCCGGAUAUAAAUGAAGUGAGGGUCCAGCUGGAGCCCUUAGCAGAGAAGCUGAGUGCCAACAUUCAGCAGCAGAUGCAGAAGGUGAGGCAGGUGCUGGACCCCUACACAGAGUCCCUGGACAUAAGAGCCCUACAGCGUGCCCUGCGACGGAUGCAUCGGAAGCUAUUCAUGAGCGUGGAGCAGCUGCUGUCCCAGCUGCUGGAGCACCUGCAGGACCAGCUGGGCCCCUCCACUGAGGAGCUGCAGGGGAAAGUGGAGGAGAGCAUGCUGGAGUACAGGGAAUUUGUGUUGCCCCUGGAAGAAAUCCUCACAAAUGAAAUCUUUAACAAACUCUUGAUAUUCUUCCGGACCGUGUACCCCUACGUUAAUGGCCUGAAGGCGAAGCUCGAUCCCUACAUCCAGGGCCUCGAAUCCCAGCUCACCGCUCUCUGGGAGUCUUCUGCCAAUAGUGCCUAAGUGCAGGAGGAACCACUCCCUGCUCCCCUUAUCGAUUCUAACUGCCUGAAUCUCUCUGAGACUCCAAUAAUGCAUGAUCAUCUUUUCUUGAUGCUCUCUUCCAGUACCUGUCAGCUAUUGAGUGGCUCUUUCUUAUUUUUCCUGUACUAUUAACAUUGAAGACCCACAGCAAUUAUGAUGUCAUUCUUUUGCUCAGGAAGCGCUAAGAGAAUACUCUGAUAUUGAAGCAAAGCAUUUCACUUUUUCAUGACUGCUUAGAUAUGUUUUAUUUUUCACAUGUUCUGUAAAAAUUGAUGGAUGCUGUGUUCACAGAUUUCUAACUUUCUGAAAUAAAGGCAAGAAAAUGAA